AUGACGUCCUUAUAUGCACCUUCUAGCGAAGAUGUUAAGCAAAGACUAAGGCCGUUUGGGUUCUUCUUUGAGAAGUCCUUGAAAGAUCUCAUUAAAGGUAUUCGUAACAAUAACGAAACACCUGAGAAGCUAGAGCAAUAUUUCACUGAGGUACUGAGUGAGUGUCGGAAUGAGACUACUUCCCCUGAUAUGAUACUCAAGACCAAUGCUGUUUUGAAGCUAGCAUAUCUGGAGAUGUACGGAUUUGAUAUGUCCUGGGCAAAUUUUCAGGUCUUGGAAGUCAUGAGCAGUAAUAAACUCCAACAGAAGAGAGUAGGUUACUUGGCAGCCUCACAAUGUUUUCAUGAGGAUACUGAUGUGCUGAUGUUAGCAACUAACCUCUUAAGAAAGGACUUGAAAUACUCUGGUACCAAUGACACAGUGAAAGUUGGGAUUGCACUAAGUGGCUUGUCUUCAAUGAUAACACCAGCUCUAGCUGCAGAUAUUGUGGAUGAUCUAUUCACCAUGCUAUCCAGCUCGAAAGCAUAUAUUAGAAAGAAGGCUGUAACAGCAUUAUUCAAAGUAUUCUUGGAGUACCCGCAGGCAUUACGUGACAAUUUUGACAAAUUUGCGAGGAUGAUCGAAGAUGAGGAUUUAUCUGUUAUUUCUGCAACAGUGAGUGUAAUUUGUGAGCUGUCAAAGAAAAAGCCAGAACCAUUUGUGAUACUUUCACCGCUACUAUAUGAUUUACUAACAACAAUUGACAAUAAUUGGAUAAUAAUACGAUUACUAAAACUAUUCAAGAAUCUGUCCCAAGUAGAAGAAAAAUUAAGACCUAAAUUGCUUCCUAAAAUUCUUGAAUUAAUGGAUUCCACAAGCGCUACUUCAGUUCUAUAUGAAUCAAUAAACUGUAUAGUUAGAGGAAACAUGCUAGAAAAUGAUGAUUAUAGUACUGCAAGAGCAUGUUUAGAACCAUUGCAUAGAUUCUGUGAGUCUACAGAUCCUAACUUAAGGUAUAUUAGUUGUACGCUAUUCUAUCGAAUCGGAAAGAUCAACCCGUAUUUUUUAGUCGAGUAUUCUGAGCUAAUCAUCAAAUUACUAACAGAUGUUGAUAUCUCGAUUAGAUCAAAAGCGUUGGAACUUCUAGAGGGUAUUAUAAAUGAAGAUAAUAUUAGGCUUAUAACUACAAUUUUGAUGAGACAAUUUGUUGAUGAAGAAACGGUCAGUGUUAGUAGUGGAAGCUCAUUACUUAACUCAAUCAUUGAGGUAAAAAUAGUUAUUCCAGAGGCAUAUAAGGUUAAGAUAAUUAAGACUAUACUUAAGGCAUGUGCGGCUGAUAACUACAAAAAUAUACCUGACUUUGAGUGGUAUAAUGCAGUUCUGAAAGAUUUGACCAUUGUUUCACAAGAUAUGGCUAACAAAAAACUCGGAGAAACGAUAGGAGAAAACCUGAGGGAUAUUCUUGUGAGGGUUCCUGAUGUGCGCGAUAUUACAAUUUCCAAUAUCAUUGAUAUAUUGUUCAUUCCUGACAUCGAGCAACAAUUAGGUUCUGUUUUGAGAGAGUCUAUUUGGUGUAUAGGUGAAUUUGCUUCUUAUAUUGAGAACAGUGAUGACUUAAUUCGUUUGCUUGUGCAGCGUGGAAAAUUUUAUAGUUCCGAACUGAAGCCCAUUUUGAUUCAGUCCGUGGUUAAAAUAUUUGCUUCUUGGGUAAAGAGCAAUAAUAGCACUACCAUUUCGGAAGAAAUUUUGACCGAGAUACUUCAUCUGUUAAUAGCAUUUUUGCAAGACUGUUGUAACUCUGGCGAUUUUGAUGUGCAAGAAAGGGCAUUUGAAUUUCUAGAACUUCUGAAGAUUUGUGAUGAAUCUCGAUCUUUAACGGAAGAGAAAAUCACACCCUUGAUGAGUCAAGUUUUGCCUGGGCUUUUCUCUGACUACGAACUUAACCCAAUAGCUGUUGGUUCACAAAAACUAAUUGAAAUAGAACCAAGCAUCGAUCUGCAAACUCCAUUCUUGAGUGAUAUGGACUGGACAAUCUUAAAGCAACAAUAUUCUUUAUCAGAAUCUGAAAGUAUAAAUAGUGACAACACUUCCCUGCAAGAGAGUGAUCAUGAGGUCGAUAAUGAAUCCGGUGAAUAUAUUUCAGAAACAGAUAGGCAUCAAGUCCAUGAGGGAAGCUUUUCAGAGGGCAUUGUAGAAAAUAAUAACGAAGGAAAUCCAUUUUACCUCGGGAAAAGCGGUGACAUUGGUAUCAAAAGUAACACAGGAGCAGAUGAUCUUGAUACCUCUUCUGGCCAUAUUCCAAUAGCAGUUGGUAUAACGAUGGAGUCAGAAAGUAAAAUGAAGAAAGCAAAGAAAAAGAAAAAGAAGGUUACUAUAUUGUCGGAUGAAGUUGUCGGACAACCACAAAAUGCAAUACCUAUAAAAGUAAAGCGUCCAAUGAAUAUAGAGACCUCCAAAAGUAAAAUCAACUUGAAAAAACAGACUAAGUUGGAUUUAUUUGAUUUCGACAAAGGAACAGAAGAGUCCCAUAUGGAAUUAAAUCCAAAUGAGUAUGGUGAUGAUGAGGUUGGUCAAGAGGAAUUGGAGAAACUGCGUGAAAAAUUUGGCUCUCAUUCGAUAGAAAACUCUGCGGCUAUUGGAAAUGAUGACGAAGUUGUUACUAUAAAGAAGAAGAAGAAGAAGAAGAAGAAAACACGUCAAAAGGAUGACAACUUGGAUAAGAAGAAAGAUAAGAAAGAGAGCAGCACACAAAUAAUAAGCGAGGAUUCUGAGAACGUUCUCUGA